AUGCACACAUCAACAAAUGAGAGGCUCGCAAUACGGGUCGAGCGCGGCACGAAGCCGCAAAUUAUCGUCGACCAACGAGAGAAUCACGUCCUUGUGCGUUACCGUAAUCCUAAAAAAAAUUUCAACUUUGUCUUUUUUCGAAAAAAAAAACCGUUUUUGUACCUAAGCCUUGCAAAAUUUAGAACACUCUUACAGUAUCCGUUUCCUACUGUAGCCUUCAUUUUGCUUUAUUGUAGGUAUACAUUCCCGUGGACACUACAGUAAACUACCAGCCAGUGACGUCACACGUCGGAUUCGGCUACAAUGUCAAGCUGCAACGAAUGCAACAGCAGUACAAGAUUACUCUACAGCAUCAGGUACAGUAUUCUCAGCCGGUUACUGUGAGAUUACGGUGGAAACAUACUGUAAGCCGUAAGAAAACCUUCCUGAUUCAUCUGUACCCUUACUAAAAGCCGGAAAGUUCAAUAAUUGGCCGAUUUCUUGUUUCAGCACGAAAAGAAGCCGGAAUGUGUCGUAUACGCCUCGAGUGUCAGCCACGAUCAGGAGAUCAAAACGACGGUCAAAGAAGUCAAUUCCAGGGUCCCACAGGUGCUCGCAUUGCUCAUGUUAGCUUAUCUGAAGACGACGUCGAUUGCAGAUGACGAUCGCCGGAUCGAAUCUGGAAGUCAACGGGGUGCUCCGCGGUCAGAAUCUGACCUUUGAGAGUACGGUCGGCACGAUGCACGUCUACGCGAAGAUCACUUGCACGUCGAGCCUCAGACUCCAUUCCCAGAACGUCGUCCUCUCCACGGAAGCUCUCCUCAGCACCAACGACUUCAAGGUGACGCCGUCUGCUUUGAAAUGAACCAAGGGAGGGUUCAGGUCGUCUGUCGGAAGCUCCAGAUCGACGGCAGGGUCUUCCCCAAUGAGCCCGACCUUGCCGAAUCCAGCACCGCCUCGGAUUUGGAAGAAUCCAGAAUGAGGGUCGACUUGUCCUGCAGUUUGGUCCACAUCGGCAUCGAUGGAUGUAUCGGCGCGUCGAAUGAGAGGGACAAGGCCAAGGUAAAGAGGAGGGGUACUGUAACAUUAAGGUCUGCAAAGUUUCGUAAGCGUGAUUUUUUGGAGUACUUUAGGGCUCACUCAAAUGUUCUUUGCGCCUUUUCAGUUUUCAAGAUUUUGGUAAAGAGGAGGGGUACUGUAGCUUCAAGAUCUGCAAAGUUUCGUAAGCGUGAUUUUUUGGAGUACUUUAGUGCUCACUCAAAUGUUCUUUGCGCCUUUUCAGUUUUCAAGAUUUUGCUAAAGAGGAGGGGUACUGUAACAUUAAGGUCUGCAAAGUUUCGUAAGCGUGAUUUUUUGGAGUACUUUAGUGCUCACUCAAAUGUUCUUUGCGCCUUUUCAGUUUUCAAGAUUUUGGUAAAGAGGAGGGGUACUGUAGCUUCAAGAUCUGCAAAGUUUCGUAAGCGUGAUUUUUUGGAGUACUUUAGUGCUCACUCAAAUGUUCUUUGCGCCUUUUCAGUUUUCAAGAUUUUGCUAAAGAGGAGGGGUACUGUAGCAUUAAGGUCUGCAAAGUUCCGUGAGCGUGAUUUUUUGGAGUACUUUAGUGCUCACUCAAAUGUUCUUUGCGCCUUUUCAGUUUUCAAGAUUUUGGUAAAGAGGAGGGGUACUGUAGCUUCAAGAUCUGCAAAGUUUCGUAAGCGUGAUUUUUUGGAGUACUUUAGUGCUCACUCAAAUGUUCUUUGCGCCUUUUCAGUUUUCAAGAUUUUGCUAAAGAGGAGGGGUACUGUAGCAUUAAGGUCUGCAAAGUUCCGUGAGCGUGAUUUUUUGGAGUACUUUAGGGCUCACUCAAAUGUUCUUUGCGCCUUUUCAGUUUUCAAGAUUUUGGUAAAGAGGAGGGGUACUGUAGCUUCAAGGUCUGCAAAAUCUCGUGAGCGUGAUUUUUUGGAGUACUUUAGUGCUCACUCAAAUGUUCUUUGCGCCUUUUCAGUUUUCAAGAUUUUGGUAAAGAGGAGGGGUACUGUAGCUUCAAGAUCUGCAAAAUUUCGCGAGCGUGAUUUUUCGGAGUACUUUAGUGUUCACUAGACUGUUUUUUUGCGCCUUUUUUUCACGUUUUUUUCAAGAAAAAUUGCUGGCUUGCAUCUAAAGGGGGAGGGGGAGAAUAGAGUUAAAAUUGAACUUUUCCCAUUUUUGGGGCUCCUCAGUAACGCAAGCCGGACGCUUCCAAGCAUUUCAAGGGAUCAUUUGAGGGUACUAACGCCACUAAAGAGGUCCCUAGAAAUCCCAACUUUCUCGAGCGCGUCCGGUUCACGUUACACAGGUCCGAUUAUAGCUGGUUCUGACUUGACCCAUCGAAAAAUGGGUCCUGACACGAUAAGGCACGAGAUAGCGCUUGGCUCGUGGAGAGCGCAGACAGGCCACGCCCCUUUAGCGUUUUAAGCUAGCCGUGAAUCAGCUAAACGGAAAGAAGAGCUCUGAAAAAAUGGAAAUUUCACUCCAAUCCUUUGAUAUUCAAUAAAUUGAUCAACUCCAGAAAGGGCAGAAGCAAGUGACGGCAAGCCAUCUGAACGUGAGCAUCGCCGGCGGCCUGGCCAACUACGGCAAGAUCGUGGCCAAGGAACACAUCGACCUGAUGUGCUCGGGCAGUCUGCUCUCGUUGUCCGACGGCUCCCUGGACAGCGCCGGACGAGGCUACAACGCCCUGAAGCAGCUGAGGAAGGUCGACGCGACGACCCCCGGGGCAGCCCCGUCGAGCAGUUUCAUGCACUCGGCCAUCCAGAAUCAGAACGCUGGAGCCGUCGCAAAUCUCAUCGAGAACGGAGUCGAUUUGAAUGACACGGUGAGUUUUGGGGUUGAUAUCUAUAAAAUUUAAGGGAAAAACGGCCCCUUUAGGGACCGAAAAAGUGGUCCCUAUAGAGGUAAAAUAAAAGUUGUCCCUGUAGGAGUUUAGAGUCUGAUCCUUAGCCCCUUAAGUGGUCCCUAUAGGGCCGUUUAAUUUUAAUCUAAAGGGUUGAUUUUUAUGGAAACGCUUUUUCGCUUAAAGUUCAUAACAACUAGCAUGUCCCCCCUAUAGGGGCCACUUUUGGAAGCUUCAGUGGCCCCUAUAGGGGUUGGUAAGGUUGUCCCUAGAGCGGACCCUUAAAGGUCUAUUUUUGAUUAAGUUUGAACGACCCGUAUAGGGAGGGCUAAGGGGUCAGACCCUAAACUCCUGUAGCGGCCACUUAAGGGGCUUUUUCCCGUGAACCCUAUAGAGACCACUCUGGAGUUCCUAAGACUUGUAGUCGUUCCUUCCCAAGGAUAGUUUCGUAGUUUGAGACGUUUUUGGCCCCUAAUGGGAAUAUUAUCUUCCUUGGUUCGGCUAUUUUUCAAGUUUGAAGGUAGUUAGGUAAUUUCAAGAUUCUCAAAGUUAUAUAGCGCAAUCUUUGAAGUUGUUUUUUCCCAAGUUUCCAUUUUAUCUAGAUUUUUUUCAGAUCUCCUCGCGAGCCCGCGACAAACGAAUGACGCUCAGACAGUCGGCGAUGCAAGAAUACCGGGAGGCUCGGAAAAAAUCGUCGCUGAACUCGGCGCGGGCGCGAAUCACUCUGAUCAACGCCCUGUUCUCGGCACACGACUGGCGACGCGGCUCCAUCGCCGCCGCCUCGAUCCGCGCGACAAUCGCCAGGAACUGCGACGACUGCGCUCAGUUCAACGCCAAGCAGCUCCAGCUCAAAGUGAUUCUUGAGCGUCGGUUCUGACCACAUAAUGCUUUCAGAUUGGCGGCUCUGCAACUGUCGAGAAGGACUCGAUCUGGAGCAGCACCUGGGUCGAAAUGGACGUUGCCGGCAGCGUGACCGCCAACGGACAAGUCAAACUUCGGACCCUGAUCCUGACGGCGAAAGGAUCUGUCGUCACGACUUCCGAAGCCAUUCUGAGCUUUGAAGUGUUCGGAAGAGUGAGCUGCACCAGGUUUUGGAAGACGUGAGUCCGAGAACAUUCUGUUGCUUCAGUUUCGACUGCGACGGCAUGUGGUGCGCCGGGGAGAGCCUCGUCCUGGAGACGACCAACAAUUCCAGCUUCACCUCGGGAAGCUACGUCGAGUCGGACAAGCUGGAGCUCGAAUGCACGGGAGCCUGUAGUGUGGACGGGACUUGGCAACUGGCCAGCUGCUGGGCCCACGUCCAGGGCAUGAUGACCGUUCAGGCCAACGGGAAGCUGUUCGUCGAGGACGCCGCUGACCUCUCCGCCUUGGGGUUGGAGUUUAUCCUAUUGUUUUGUGAAAGUUCCAAAGAUCCAAACUUUGAAAAAAUGUGACCCAAUGAGAUUCAAAAAAAUUUAGAAUGGUACCCAAGUCAUAUGCGGGUAACAAAUCACUAGGUAUCCUAAACACGUUUAUAAUUUCUUCCAGUCUUCACUUCCACGGCUUCGCCCACGUCGUCGAGCAGUUCACCCUGAUCGUCCAGGACUCGGCCCACUUUUUCCAUUCCUCCCGUGUCGAAUGCCAGACUCUGAAACUGACCUGCAAAGCCUUCUGCACCAUCGGAGGUCUUGUCGCCGUCCAUGACCUCCAGGUUUGUUCUGAUUACGGUAGCUUCGACUGUGCGAAUUUUCCAGGCCUACGUGCGCCAUGACAUCAUCACGACCUCGACCGGCAAAAUGAUGGUCACCAACAACGCUGACGUCACUUCUGGAGCUUUCAAGAACGACUCCUUGUGGCAGGUUCGACGAGUUCCACGAAGAAAAACUCUAAAAGUUGGUUUCAGGUCGAGAAGGCGAUGAAGCUGAUCGCCGGCGUCAUCGAGCAGUCGGAAGAUGGCGUUCUCUUCGUCAAAUGCUCCCUGACGGCUCACGUCCACGACGUCUGCGUCGAAUCUUUCGGAGGACGGCUUGUGAGCAGCGACGUCUUCCUGAAAUGCCUGAAAGAGUGCGAGUUCGACGGCCUGAUCCGCUGCAACGAACUGCAAAUCGCGCUCCCGUACUCGGCCGAGUCACGUCUCCGACUUCAAGGACAGGUCGACGUCGUCGUCGGCUCCCUCACCGUCAUCGGCAACCUGAAUUCCGAAGGCGUCCAGCUGCGAGAAGCCGUCCCGCCCGGCCUGACCAUCGCCUGCAAUCUCACCGCCGCCGCCAUCAUCGCCCCAUUCUCAUCCAUCCACGUCGACGCGACAGCCUUGGUCCGUCUCAGCGGUGUCAAGUCGAAAAUCGAGUCAGACCCCAAUAUCCUGAUCAACGCCGGCGCCUUGUCCACCGCCAAGGAGAGCUGCAUCGUCUCCUUGGCCGCUCCAGAAGACGUCAAAAAGGAGGCUGUCAUCUGUGCCACCGUCUUCCAGCAUCAAGGACAAGUCAAGUUUGUCGCCUCCGACGUCAGACUCGUCGCUGGCACUAUCAUCCAUCAUGGAAGGCUGACCAACAUGGAAAACAAACAGAACCAUGUCAAGCACCUAAACAUGGUCAUUGGGGAGUUGUUGCUGAACCAUGGCAUCAUCGCCUGCGACGUGCUCAAUAUCCGUGGCGAGGGCGUUCUCGAGAACACCAACAGAAUCUACGCUGUCGAGUCGAUGGACAUCCGCCUGAGCAACUUCGACAAUGAAGAAGGGCUCAUCGAAUCGAAGAACACGAUGAAGCUUCUGGCGGUCAGCAAAGAAUGGACCAAGUUGGGAGGUUCGAUCAAGGCCAAGAAGUCCUUCGACCUCUGCGCCAACCGACUCAACAUGGCGAUCCGGAACGUCCAGAACCUCUCUAUCGACAAGCGACUCUCCUUUUCGGCUAAAACGGAUCUCCUGAUCUCCAGCGACGUCAUCGAUGAAGCCAAGGAGUUGUCCGUUGGAUGUGCGGCUCAGCAAUGUGUCGCCAUCGACGCCAACAUGCAGCUGGACCGACUAGAAGUUCUUCUCGGCGGAGAUUCUCCUAGUUCUGACCCGGUCGCUUUCGUUGUCCAUGCUGACGCCACCAUCAUCGCCAACACCGUCCUGAUCAGCGCCAAGUCUGAACAUCUUCAAAUCUCCUUCGAUGGCGCCGUCCAGUGCAGCCGACUUAGAUUCGCCGGCGGCAUUCGCAAGGUCACCAUUACUGGAGCUGGUCAUCUGGAAUGCACCUAUCUCGCUGCUCAACACGUUUCCGUCGGCUUCGAAAUGUACAGCACGACCCGACUUGACGAGGUCCACUCCCAGAAGUUUGCCGUCGUCAACGACUCCAUCUUCCGUUUGGAGCCGUGCGCCGAUUCUGAAGACACGACGAUUGUCACGGAGGAUGUUGCUAUCGACGGCACGAUGCUUCUCGAGAAGAAGCUGUUGAUCAAGUCGAAAGGCGGAUGUAUGCGGAUAAAUGGACCAGUUCUGGGAAGCUCCCCAGCCAGUGAGCUCACCUGUGAAGCUAGCAAAGUCGUGCUCAAGGGUCAAAUCGCGAACUUCAAAUUCGUCGAGCUUUUCGCCCGUGAGACUAUCACGAUUCAGAAUCAGAAGCUUCUGAACAUCGAGAGAUUGAGCAUCGACUGCGCCGACCUCAGUAUGUACAGUGUCGACGUCGAGAAAUGCCUCCACACUGUGGUCAGCUGCGACGCAUUCACUGCCACCGGCAAAAUAGUCGGAUGCGAAGUUCUGAACAUCUUCUCCACCAACAUCCACUCCAAGAUGGACAUCAGCGACGUGGAGAAGAUGGUCGUCAACUGCAAGAGGUCGACGGCGAUCCGUGGCAAGCUCCAGAAGGUCAAAGUGCUCGAGGUUGACUCGAAGUGGAUCAACCUCAGCGCCGACGUCUCCAACUGCGAAGAGCUGAAGCUGACCGCCUGGGCUGUCUCUUCAAAUGAUCAACUCCGAGCCGAGAGGAUCCAAAUCACGGCCCUCACCGCCUUCGUCAACAACUCAUCGCUUCUGGCAACGACGUGCAACAUCGUCGCCCCGUUCGUCUUGUCCCUCUCCGCUCUGAGCACGAUUUCCUCCUCGCUGACGUCGGUCCACGCCCUCUGCAUGUGCACCCGCAACGACAUGGUCCUCACCGGCACGGCUUUCCUCUGGCUGGCCUUCGACCCGGUCACCGGCCAAGUUGGCGUGAAUUCCGCCGAGAUGAACGCCUGGAAGACGACGUCGGCGAUGAUGCGCGACCGGUGGAGCACGGCUUCUAUUGACGCCGAUGAGGUGCUGAUCGGACUGAAGUACAUCAGCGACCUGCAGCCGGUCAAGAUCCGUCUGAACACGGAUAAUAAGGUGAGUUUCAGGGUGUCUUUUGGCAGAACCAUCGUAAAAAAAAAGUUGAUUUUCUGUGAGCUUCUUCGUUGGUUCAGAAUCUUGCCAUUGGGAAGACAGUAUUUCCAUUUAAGGACCCGAAAAAACGAAUACAUUUAAGAUAUAUGAAUCUCUGGUCGAGCUGUGCUCGAGAUUCGACUCAACCCCAGUCUCGCUGAUCAACUUUGGCGAGCUGGUCGGCGUGAUUUGCUCAGCCAGAGUCCUCUUUGCCCUCCUCCCCGAAGCCAACAAUAAUCAGAAGAAAGGCCGGAAGAAGUCAGGUACACCACUGAAACAAGGAGAACUGGAAAUAUGUAUAAUUAUUCAGAUUGUGCGCUCUACGAAGGGCUGGUCCCAUUCAAAGCCGGGAAAUACAGCAAGGAAUCGAACAACGCCGACUCGUCGGACACCGACAUCGGAUACGUCAGUAGGAGCUCCAGUGAAGACCUGAACUCUUCGACGAAAUCGACGAGGCCGAGGUGAAUCCUGGGGUGUUCGCAGCGUAAAUGAAGUCCGUUUCUCGCGACUUUAAAGGGCGGGACUUCUCUGCGCCCUCCUUAUCUCUCGACGUCUCUCUCAUGCUCUCUGACCUCGCCGGUGAGAGAACAGAGAGACGCAGACACGCGAAAAAUGUCAAGUCUAGAUAGGAUUGUAAGAGCGGAAAGGUGAAAUUCGAUCAAUCAGUAUUCAUUUUUUGUAUUAGUCAUAGAUGUGAGGUGGGGAGCACGAACUUUCAAAGCUAUAUCGUCUUUGGCGAACUAGAAGUCUCCGAAUAACUGCCGAGAUAAAAGCGAUAUCGCAAACAUGUCGCGUUUGUCCUGCCGCGACAUCGCGUUCUCUCGUACUCAAAAAAAUUCAUUUAAACUUUUACAAAAUGCGGAGUCGCGGCUAAAGAAAUGCGAUGUCGCGGCUAGAGAAAUGCGAUGUCGCAGCUAGAGAAAUGCGAUGUCGCGGCUAGAAAAAUGCGGUGUCGUGCCUAGAAAAAUGCGAUGUUGUGCCUAGAAAAAUGCGAAAUCGCGGCUAGAAAAAUGCAAUGCCGCGCCUGGAAAAAUGCGAUGUCGCGACUAGAAAAAUGCGAGACCGCGUGAGGACAAAGCGGCAUGUUAUAUACCGCCAGCGAUAUCGCUUUUUUGCAGUUGCGAGUUGAAAGCCUGCUUUUACGGCCCUUUGCUUUGUUCUUCUGCGAAUUGUCCAUUCAUUUGUGCCUUCUUGAGCUCAGAAUGCACCUGAGGUCGUGCUGGAGCCUGGAGAUCGUUUUCCAGGGCUUGAAAUGAAGGUAGCCACUCCGUAAAAUAAAAUUAUCGCUUUUCAAAACUUCCUUACACUGCGUAAACGUUCAUGCAUAGCAUAUAGCUUCUAGAACUUCCGGUGAACUUAAGAAAAAUCAAAUAAACUCAGAUCCCCGCUCUGCGACGACCCCACGACGAGCUUCUUCACUGAGACUCAUCUGAAGGACGUCGAAGUGAAGGUCAACGAAGCGGCGGUCGAAGUGAUCGAAGAGCCAAAGUUCGAUCAAGUCGCCUACGCCAUGAAGGAGUUGGUUUUUGGAAAUUAUGGGAAAAAUGGAAGAAAAUUUCCCGAAAAUUUGCUGUAGCUGAAAAAACCGGGUAAAAAUGGAGUUUAGAGCAAGCUCGCUCUAUCGCCAAUCAAAAAAGGAAGUUUUUCCUCGGACAUUGGUAACGAAACGGACGUUUCCGGGCGGUUUUAGGGAUCACUUAAGAGUACUGAAACUGCUAAAGUGGUCACUAGAAAUGCACAGACACGUCCGGAGCACGUCCGUUGGUCCGAGCAGUCCUGCGAAUGUCGGGGCAUUCAUAGGGACCACUUUAGUAGCGUCAGAACUCUCAAGUGAUCCCUAGAAUGGCUCAGAAACGUCCGUUGGUCCGAACGUUGACGCGAAUGUCGGGGCUUUAUAGGAACCACUUUAGUAGCGUCAGAACUCUUAAGUGAUCCCUAGAAUCGCUCAGAGAGGUCCGUUGGUCCGAACGUUGACGCGAAUGUCGGGGCUUUAUAGGAACCACUUUAGUAGCGUCAGAACUCUUAAGUGAUCCCUAGAAUCGCUCAGAGAGGUCCGGAGCACGUCCGUUGGUCCGAGCAGUCCUGCGAAUGUCGGGGCAUUCAUAGGGACCACUUUAGUAGCGUCAGAACUCUCAAGUGAUCCCUAGAAUGGCUCAGAAACGUCCGUUGGUCCGAACGUUGACGCGAAUGUCGGGGCUUUAUAGGAACCACUUUAGUAGCGUCAGAACUCUUAAGUGAUCCCUAGAAUCUCUUGGAAUCGUACGGAGCGCGCUUUUUUAAGAUUAUUGUUAGAGAACCUUCCAAGAGAAGCUCAAGAACUUGACUCUAGGAGGAAUGAGGUUUUCGGCUUUUUCAUGAAAUUAGCCAUGGAGCGCACAAAAUAUAGCUUUUAAAGUUGUUUUAAAAUGAAAGUAUUAUUAGAUUUUUCAAUUUAUAAACUCAUACAUAGGCAAGGUCGGAAAAAGUGGAAAAGGCUCCUUUUUUGCAGCCUUUUUGCGCCUUUUCAUCGGCUUUUAUGCACCAUUUUUGCUGCCUUUUUCCACCAUUUCUUGAGCCUAAAAACCGAUUACCAAUUUUCCUUUUCUUUAAUGAGUGGGAGUAUUAAGGGAAGAAGAGCUGGCCGAAUUCGAAGAGCUUGAAGAGGAGUUGGCGAUGGCCGAGGCUGGAACUAUCCGAACGGAUUAUAUCGUCUGUCGGGAUCGCAAUAUUUACCUGGCCAAGUGGGACCCCUCUAGUUUGAAGAAAUCAUCUGGAAAAUUCCAGGCUGAAGGAGAAGAUUCAAACUUUGAGGACGCCGAGACCGAAAUCAAACCUUCUUGCCCAGAGAGCGCCGUCCUCCAACGAUUUGGUCAUGAAGAAGCUUCAGGUUAUAAUUUUUUUUCGAUUUUGUAGGAAAUUUUUAAAAAUACACGGCAUUCCCCAUGAGGCGAGGCGUCAAACUUUCUGAAUUUAAAAAAAAAAGUAUGUGCGCGCUCCGGACAAAAUGACGUCAUUCUAUGUACACUGAGUAUUCGACGUUAAUAACUUGUUGUUCGAUCGCCUUUGGCUGCGUACUUAAGAUUCGAAUUUUCGCGCCAAAAUUUUUUUGACGUAACCUCACUCUGUUGGGGAACGCUGCGAAUGAAAUGAAUGUCCCAAAAAGUUUCUAGAAAACAUUUCAAAGAAGCAAAACUUAUUUUCUGCGGUUUUAAUUUCACCUGCUAUCUUAAUCUUUGUUUUUUCUUUUAAAAGAAAUCAGACUAGGGUAUUGUGUCAGCUGCAAAAAAAAAAUUGAGAAGCUAGAAAUCUCCUCGAAACUUCUCCAGCGCGUAUAUGUCCGCGCUCGAAGGCUUCGGCUGGCAUCUGGCAUCUUGGUGUAGUGGUAGUAGUCUUGUGAAUAGUCCACGAGGUCAUGGUUCGAAUCCUUCUCGCGGAAAUUGUUUUGCUGUCUCGUAGUUUGAUCUUUUGCACAUUUUUUUGUUAUUUUGGAUAUUUUAAAUCAAGAAAAGGCUAUUUUUAACAUUUUCCGUUGAUUUUUUGGUUUACCUACCCUCAAAUUCUUGAUUCUCAACUCGUUUUCAAGUGGAAUCCCUGCCCCAAGUCAGAACUUAAAUCUAUCGAAUUACUCUUCGAUGCACUCUUUCAUGGCUACUUUAAUCAUUUUUUGACCUCUGAGGGGAAAUAAAAAAGACGUAGAAAAAUUAGAAUGGUUCUAGUGGUGGAUUAUGGUAUGUAGAUUCGUUUACAAAUCGUAAAUUUUUGUUCAUAAGUUCAUCAAGAUUAUUUCCCGUCAACCAGUAUAAGUCGUUUUUUUUGUGAACUUACUGUAUUUAAAAGAGAGCAAAGACUGGGUAGGAAAAUUUUAAAAAUCAAAAUUUCAACAAAACCUGGUUUAUUUCCAUAGUAUUUCACUGACUUUCGGAAUCUAAACUUUUGAAAUCAUCGCUUUUUUGGAAUGAAGCCAAAUAAUGUAGUGAGACUGGUUCUAUGAAAGUUUGUGAAUUUAGAGAUUGAAGCCCAUUUUUCAGACAAAAUUGAAUAUAAUAUGAAUAAUUUUUCAGGUCAAAAAUGCGAUUUCAAGCCUUGAUCUCCGCUCAUUCGGUAGCCAGUCCUCUCUGACGUCACUCGAUUUCGGAGCGAUUCCAGAUUUCGGAAGCCCCCUGACUUUCCAGCAAUCCAGCCCGUUCCAAAGGUUUGGAACAUUUUCUUCAAAUAGCUGGUUUUUUCAUUUUGCAGGUCCAAAAUCCCGCUCGGAUCGUUCAGAAGUCCGAAGAAGGUGCCAAGCCGCGCGGCCACGCCCACAACUCGAUGGAAUUAUUGA